UUAUAUUUUAAAUGAAAAUGAUUUAGGUUCAUACUCCUUUUCCUGUUAAGGAAACCAGCUAAUAUUCCAGCAGAAGAUUCAUGAAUGCCCACUUUCCUAUUUGAUAAAGCAGGAACAAACUUUUAUAAUUUUAAUUUUAAAAUAAUUUUUAAAUCAUAUUUCCCAUGGAUACCUCCCAUCUUUGUCAUUAAAUGCUAGAGAAGAUUUUCUAGAAAGGAAAGUAUCUGAAUUAACUAUCUUAAUUAAUUUUAUUUAAUACUUACUAGACUUGUAGUAUGCCAGUGGGAAUCUUUGAGGCAGGAUUGUGUUUAAAUCUUCUGUAUCUUUUUCAUCUGUUGUGAACGCAACAACUCCUUGGUCCUGCUAGUCUUUAGUAAUGGACCAAACAGGGAUAAUGCUGGUUGAGCUCCGAGCAACUACAGUGGCUCCAAUGCUGAGGCUCGCUGUCUCACUGUGCCUCAUACUCUCAGUGAUGCUGAUGAUCGAGAAGGUGAUGAUGGGUGCCGUUAGUCUCUUUGCAAAGAUAUUCCGGCGCAGGCCAGAGAAGAUAUACAAGUGUGCGCCGAUAAGAGAUGAUGAGGAGAUUGGCACCUCAGCCUAUCCCAUGGUCCUUGUCCAAGUUCCGAUGUAUAAUGAAAAGCAGGUGUACAAGCUUUCAAUUGGAGCUGCAUGUAGGAUCCUGUGGCCGUCUGACCGAAUAAUAAUCCAAGUGCUUGAUGAUUCAACUGAUCCUGAAGUUAAGACUCUAGUGCAGCAAGAAUGCAGAAAAUGGGCUAUCAAUGGCGUGAACAUUAAGUAUGAGAUAAGGAACAACAGAUAUGGAUACAAAGCAGGUGCUUUGAAAGAAGGGAUGAAACACAAAUACGUCGACGAUUGUGAUUUUGUGGCCAUUUUUGAUGCAGAUUUUCAACCUGACUCUGAUUUUUUGAUGAAAACUAUUCCCUUUAUGUUCCACAAUCCAGAAAUAGCUCUAGUUCAGACACGAUGGAUAUUUGUUAACGCCAAUGAGUGUCUAAUGACAAGGAUGCAAGAGAUGUCAAUGGAUUACCAUUUUAAGGUUGAACAAGAGUCGGGUUCAACAAUGUGCUCCUUCUUUGGUUUCAAUGGAACCGCUGGUGUCUGGAGAAUAUCGGCUCUGAUAGAUGCAGGAGGUUGGAAUGACCGUACAACUGUAGAGGAUAUGGAUUUAGCAGUUCGGGCAAGUCUUAGAGGUUGGAAAUUCGUAUACACAGGCAAUGUUAAGGUUAAAAGUGAACUGCCAAGCACAUUCAAUGCUUACCGAAAUCAGCAGUACAGGUGGGCUUGUGGACCGGCCAAUUUGUUUAGAAAAGCAGUAAGAGAGAUUCUGAGGACAAAGAAAGUGUCUGUGGCGAAGAAAAUCUACAUGCUGUACAAUUUCUUCUUUGUUCGAAGGAUUAUCGGCCACCUCAUCACUUUCAUGCUGUACUGCGUUAUAAUACCGGCAUCAGUGUUUGUCCCUGAGGUUGAUAUUCCAGAUUGGGGGGUGGUUUAUGUUCCUUCAAUAAUUACAAUUCUAAAUUCAGUUGGAACGCCAAGAUCCAUCCACUUAUUAAUCCUCUGGGUCUUCUUUGAGAAUGUAAUGUCUAUGCAUCGGAUGAAAGCAGCUAUAACAGGUUUACUGGAGGUAGGCAAAGUGGAUGAGUGGAUUGUGACCGAGAAGUUAGGGUCGGCUCCAAGGGCAAGCACCAUCAAAGAAGCAGCCAAAAGAUUUAAGUGGAUGAUCACGAGAAGGCUUCUCCUUCCGGAGUUGGGGCUAGCAGCAUACCUCUUUACUUGUGCCUAUUAUGACUACAACUAUGGAAGGCGUAAAUUCUGCUAUUACAUAUUUCCACAAUCACUUGCAUUCUUCAUCAUGGGUCUUGGAUAUGUUGGCACCAUUGUCCCUAACUUGUAGGAGGUCGAAAGUACAGCGGAAUAUUGGGGACAAUGUGAUUACCGUCAAGUCUACCUUACGAUUUUGAGUGAAUUGUAGUAUUUUCUUAGUAGUUGAGUGUGAGUGAAAGUAAAUCGGAAUGCGAGGAAUAAUAUAGUUAGCAUCAGUUUUUUGCUACCUUCUUUGUCCUCCAGAAGGUGAUCAUUUCCGGUAAAUGAGUGUUAUCCGGAGUCGAUUGGUAGCAGAAUCCGGCUAUAUAUUACAAACGAUGGUGAUUCAGAGGAUGCUCUAAAUUUUUAGGAUUGAUCAGCCAAUAGGCAUAUCUUUCAAGUUCUCUUUGAUUAGCUACAAUGUAGUUUUAUACAUGUCAUCUCCAAUCAGAUUCAGCUGCAUAGGCUCAUAGGAGAUCCAAUGCAAGGAAAAGAUGCAUCAACGAAGAAAGAAGAGCUUUUUGUUUAAAUGAACAUGUACUGCAAUGCAUUGCUCAACGUUUCCAAUUGUAUUGCUUGGCAUACACUUUUGCCUUUGUUUAGCUAUGUAUGCAAUAAUUCAGAAGCCAAUAUAGAUUGGACAGAACAGUUUAUUGACAUUUGUUUACUUUUCCCUA